AUGUCCAGUUUGGGUUCUAUAUUUCAACUGAGCAAUUUUUCCAGGGAUAUUCCCUUAUCCCUUUUUUACACAACAUACAAUGCAACAACACAUGAUGUUACCUUCGAUGAUAAUGGAACCAUCAUUUUGGGAAGUGAUUUCGAUACUGCCGACAAACUCUACUUCGAAGAAUUGAGCUACGAACGUGUAAUGGAUAUCUAUGAACUUGAGAACGCUACUGGAGUUGUUGUUUCUGUGGGCGGUCAACUCCCACAAAACAUUGCUCUCCGUUUGCAGGAGACUGGAGGAGCCAAGAUCUUGGGAACAGAUCCUAAGGACAUCGACAAAGCAGAAGAUAGACAAAAGUUUUCUGCAAUCUUGGAUAGCAUUGGAGUUGAUCAACCAGCUUGGAAGGAACUCACCUCCGUUGCAGAUGCCGAGGCUUUUGCUGAGGAAGUCAGCUACCCAGUACUCGUUCGCCCCAGUUAUGUCUUGUCAGGCGCAGCUAUGACUGUCAUUCGAAGCAAAGAUGAGCUCAAAGAGAAACUCGAAGCUGCCAGCAAUGUUUCCCCCGACCAUCCAGUUGUCAUUACUAAAUUCAUUGAAGGUGCCGAAGAAAUUGAUGUGGAUGGUGUUGGAUCUAACGGUAAACUCAUUCUCCACGCUGUUAGUGAGCACGUGGAGCAGGCUGGUGUUCACUCGGGUGACGCCACUCUCGUUCUACCACCUGCUUCUCUAGAUCAAACUACAAUGGACCGUGUCAAGGAGAUUGCCGAAAAGGUUGCCAAGGCCUGGAGCAUUACCGGUCCUUUCAAUAUGCAAAUCAUCAAGGCUCAGGACCCUGAAGGAGGUCUUCCACAGCUGAAGGUCAUUGAAUGUAACUUGCGUGCAUCCCGUUCCUUCCCAUUCGUCAGCAAGGUUCUUGGUGUCAACUUCAUUGAUGUUGCUACCAAGGCUCUUGUGGGCCAGAAUGUCCCUGAACCCCAGGACCUCAUGGCAAUCAAGCGUGAUUACCUCGCCACAAAGGUUCCUCAAUUCUCAUGGACUCGUCUUGCUGGAGCUGACCCAUUUUUGGGUGUCGAAAUGUCCAGUACUGGUGAAAUUGCUUGCUUCGGUAAGGAUCUCGUCGAAGCUUACUGGGCUUCUCUUCAAUCAACCAUGAACUUCCGUAUGCCAGAACCAGGUGAAGGUCUCCUUUUCGGCGGUGAUAUUUCCAAGACUUCCCUUACAAAGAUUGUCGACUACUUAUCUCCAUUGGGUUAUAAGCUUUACGCCGCCGAACCUGAAGUCAAGAAAUUCUUGGAAUCGACUGCUAAGGGCGGUGUCAGUGUUGAAGUUAUUGAAUUCCCCAAGGAGGAUAAGAGAGCUCUGAGGGAAGUCUUCAAGAAGUACGAUAUCCGUGGUGUGUUCAAUCUUGCUCUCGCUAGAGGCAAGACCGUCCAAGAUACCGACUACGUUAUGCGCCGGAACGCUGUCGAUUUCGGUGUUCCUCUCUUCAUGGAGCCAAAGGUAUAA